AUGAGAGAAGAACUUGUUGACGCGGCAAUAUCUACUCUCAAGGCCAACGGAGCUAGUCCAGCGCCUGAGCGAAUCCCCAUCUAUCCAGUGGUAUCCUGCGACUCCAAACAACUCGCGUGUCUCCGAUCCACGGGCCUUAUUGAUCUUACAAGCACAGAACGGGAUCAUGAACUUGCGAAUGAUUUGGUCAGGGAAUGGCUUAACAAAAAUGACUUACAGUUCCAUGCUGAAGCUGACAUCCAGCCGAACAUCGUUCCUGACCCCUUGGUAUCCGCUCAGGAACCAGAAACCCCAUCCACAGCAGUGCAACUCGUAAGGCCAGGACAGGGUCACGAUCAGCCAACACCCGUCCAAGUACCAGAGACCGCAAAUGCGUCGAUGCAGAAAUUCCGGGCCAUGUCGAGCAAUAAUUAUCAGGCUUCUCUCGCCGCAACAUGGGGCACAGCCUCCGUUGACAGCAAUUACGACCUUGACGCAUACUUGGAGAGGCGCAGGAAAGGGAUCGAGGGCCGCAAGGAUUUCUUCAUGGAUGCCGAGGACGACAAGUCCCUUCAGGCUGUUCAGGAGCUUCUAUUGAAGUGGACGACCGUGGACGAUCCUGUUGUUUGGGAGAACAGUAGCAAACAACUGAGACUACUUACUCAAGGACCCUGA